UCUCGGCGGUGCCGGCAUCUUCCAGCUCUGGAAAGUCCCGCGCUUCCCUAUCGAAUAGAGCGAAAACGACUUGUACCUGUGGUUGGUAUCGUUAAAAGGUCAUUUGUACUUGGUGUUCUAAUCACAACAGGUGUGCAUAGAAAGAUUUCCUCUCUAAUCAUGACAGGAAAAGAAUGAUGUUCAUAAAAAUUGCAGACGACAAGAUGGUUUCAACAGAUAAUUAUAGUAAAGAGCUUACAUUCAAACUUUUUUAGAAGUGUUGAAAAUAUGCAUGUAGCUUCUUUGACUCACUGUUUGUUACUGACUGCAUGGCUGUUGAGCUGUAAUGGGCUUCCGUUAGAGCCCAAAAACCUAGCAGAUUUCAAGGACACAGCAAUAAGCCAUGAUGAAGAAAAAAGACAAUAUUCUUCGAACUGUGAAUAUUUGGAUUUAAAAGACGUGGAAUUUCUUGAAGAAGGCAAUGUCUUGAUUAUUGCUUAUAAUACCACAAUGUCACCUACAAGAUCGUAUAUCACGAUUGAUAAUGUAAGGAUAUGCUUCAAUCGCAGCCUGGAACUAAAAAGGCAAAUUUUAAGACAUUGCACAAGGUGGGUGUACGAUUUAGAUGAAUUCAAAGUUCUAGGAAAUGGUUCAGUUAUAUUGCUUUCAAAUUACCCGCAGAUAUUAGAACCUGGGACCUACGAAUUUUACAAGGGAAAACUUCUGAGGUGCACUAGUGAUGACGAUUAUGAUGAGAAUUCUACUUUUAUCGAUUUAAACCCUAUACACGUUACGAGUGACGACGAAUCUGUAUCAGUAACUAUAAGCAAAGUUGGAAGUUCUAUUUCCAUUGUAGCGCUUACGGCUCACUUGAUCACAUUUUGCCUUGUCCCUUCGUUAAGAAACUUACCAGGAUGUAAUUUGGCUUCUUUAAGUUUAGCGUUUUGGAUUGCAUAUUCGUGUGUCAUAAUUGGCCAGAUUCCUGAAGUUCUUGGCUUAUUUUGCAUAAUUAUAGGCAUUAUUCAACAGAAUUGUUUUUUGGUAGCAUUCUUUUGCAUGAACGUUAUGGCUUUUGAUGUGUGGAGGACGUUGAGGAUGGCUACUUCAAAACUGACAGUCAGCUCUGAGAACAAGAAAAAAACAUUGUUCCUCAUAUAUACCAUCUAUUCUUGGGGUGUGCCUCUGAUCAUCACAAUCACAGCCGUUAUUCUGGAUAACGUAAAAGGCGUGCCUUCAUGGAUAAAACCAGGAAUUGGCGAAAAGAAGACUUGUUGGAUGACUAACAAUAAAGCCAAAAUCAUAUUUUUUUCGAUACCCGCUUUUACUUUAUUCAUGGUUAAUGCUAUUUUCUUUGUGUUAAGUGCUUUUAUCAUUAAGAACAAUACCAUGAAGAAUGUAAGUGAUCAACAAAAUCAGACUGCCAGAUUAAAUUUCAUAUUGUACGUGAGGCUAGGACUCAUGAUGGGAGUAACGUGGCUUUUUGGUGUACUGGCCAGUAUAACGAACAGUACUGUAUUGUGGUAUAUUUCCGAUUUUCUUAACCCUCUGCAAGGACUUUUUAUAUUCUUACUUUUUACAUGUUCGCGUAAAGUCUUCAAAUACGUUAAACAAAGAAUCAGUCUUCGAUCUCCCAAGACUUCAACUGCAGAAAAACACACAUGUUCGUCAUCUGAUAAACAUACGACAAACUCAUCAAUUGCAACGACUAAAGAAACGACAUUCUCAUCCCAGAUUUCGUGAGAGAUCAGUGUAUCAUUUCAUAUAAAUAUAGAUUCAUUUGAACUCUACAAUUAUAAUUUUUGUAAAGAGUUUUUAUAAACAGGAUUUUCUGAAGACGAAUACAUCUGUUCGUGGCAAAGAAUGAUUUAAGUUAAAUAGUCAAUUGCCCGGCAUCCUGGUCUAGGGGCAGUGCGUCUUCCCCGUGAUUUGUGCGUCCCGGGUUCGAGUCCUGGUGCGGGCAUGGUUGUUUUUUCCCUGUCUUCUAUCUGUGAGAUAUGCGAAAGAGCCCCCUUGUAAAAAGGGGUCGUGCAAGCGGGUGUGUGAGUAUCAUUUUCAUAUGAGCUAGAAGUCAGACUUCUACAAUCGGAUUCUCAGGGGCCUUUAUCCUCAGAAGCUAUUGCACAAGAAGCUCAGCUUAAAUCACUGACUUCGUCAGGGCGCUUGUCUAUGACAAGUGCCAUAAGUAACAACAACAACCAGUUAACUGUUUCGAACUCUUCGGAAAGUGCGUAUCUAAAUUGUGUCUCAAAGAUUUAGCGAUGACGAGUCUACUCGUCAAACACAGAGUACGUGUAACAUGAAAUUAUGCUGUUAUUAAAUGGCUUAUUAUUUUUAUUUCAAUAAACACAUUUAUUUAUUUACUUAAACUAACAUACAAUUUUUUCAUGUGAACGAAAAGAAACAAAACAAUUGGAUGACUAAUACAAUACAGCGAUACAUUUAAGAAAAACAGUUCAGAUUAUAUGCAGUUUUUUUUGUUUAUAAUAAAUAUCAAUAAUCUUUUAUUUGCUUCUUUGAUUUCGACUUGGCCUCAAAAUAUUUUAAACAUCUGAAAUUUACGAAUAUGUUUUUUUACUAAAAUUGUAAUUCAAACGGCAAAUUGUCACUACUUAUUACUCCUGACGAAUAAACUCGUCAUAACACAAAAUGUUGUACUUUUUCCCAUGACGAGUAUACUCGUCAAAAACAGUUAACUGGUUAAAGAACUACUCUUCCAUCUUGAAAGACAUUAUUUGGUACGAAACAAGUAAGAAGUGCAGUUCAUGAAAAACUCCAUUAUGAGACAUUCUGCAUAAAAGCGAAUACAAAGCAACAUUUUUGAUGAAGAAUCUAUGAAAUAUUGAUAUGAUGAAAUAAUAUUUUGCAAAAUGUAAUAUAUUUUUAAAUAACAUAGAAAAUAAAUACAGGAAAUGUUGCAUUGUGACAAAUUUAAAUAUUUAACUACAUUUAAGAUCCUGGUAAAAAUCUUAUAAAGACCAUAAAUAUUCUAUCUUACAGAAAUAUUAGAUGAAACCAGCAAAAUAAUAUUUUCUCAUGCUGCAUAUCAAGAAGUUUUGCGUUGACAUUUUUAUAUAUAAAGUAAAUUUGCUCUUGUAUUUUGGCAAAGGACAAUGUCAUCGAAUGAGAAUAAUAUGUCACUGAGUUUGUUACAAACUGACAGAAAUUUCUAACAGCUAUUGGAUGAAAAUGUCCCAUCAAUGAAUUUCGAUAAAAAUCUUGGAUCAUAUUCACUAGCAAAAUGUUCGCUAUCGCCUUAUUCUGUACUAUUAACUGCUGACGUCAACUUCCUCUGAUUGAAAGUAUAAUACAAAUAGUGAAUAUUAAUGAAUAAAGGAAUAAUUUAGUAAAAAAAUAGCUAUGUUUAUGUCUGGUUGUUAUAAUCAAAUAGUAUUUCAUUAUAUUCAAGCAUUUUUGGUAGAAUUUAGACAAAAAUCAAAAUAAUAAUGGAAAAUAUUUUGUAUAA